AUGUUUCGUCCAAAGAAAAAGAAGGAACUCUCCCUCAUGGAGGAGCUUAGAGAGCUUGAGAUGCUGGAGGAGGGAGAGAUGGUAGACAUCCCAGAGAUUGAAAAUGAUGACCUCAUAGAAGAAAACUCCCUAAGCGUGGUAGUAAGAUGCCUCAACCCAUCAGCUCAUAAAGUGGGAGGGCUCGUCAAAGCACUUCCACCUAUCUGGGGGCUAAAAGACAGAGUUCAUGGAAGAGGAGUAGGAGAGAACAGAGUCCAAUUCAUAUUUCAGUUUGAGCAAGAUCUCCACCACGUUCUCACUAGAGGUCCCUGGUUCGUAAAUGGCUGGAUAGUAUCUCUAGACCAAUGGUCCCCUAACCCGGGGCCAUAUUUCCUCAAAAGGAUACUCUUCUGGAUCAGAAUAAGAGGUCUCCCAAUCCACCUCUUGAAGAAGCAAGCAGUUGAGAGUCUUAUUGGACCUCUGGGAAAGAUAGAGAAGAUAGAACUGCACGCAAAAAACUCAUCCUCAGUGGAGUACAUCAGAGCCCUGGUAUGGAUUAAUACGGAGGAGCCACUGCAGUUCAGAAGAAUCGCUAGAUUCAAAUCAGGUGAAGUGAUACCCACAGAGCUGGAGUAUGAGAAGCUCAUCAAGAUAUGCUUCGCCUGCAAGCGACUGAUGCAUGAUCAGACCAGAUGCCCAGAAAAUACAAUUGCAUAUGGCCCCCCUGUACGAGGCCCUGCGUUGGGGAAAGAAACUCAACAACCUGAGAACAACAUCAGAAAGGCUUCCCAUCCAGGCUCAAGCUCCAGGAGUGGUCAUGUCCCAGCACAACGUUCAAAGACAUUGACGACCCCGAGAUCAACAAAAGCGCCAGAACAGCGCUACAAGGAGGACAUGAAAGGAAAGAGAGCUGCAACGGCUACAAGACAGACUGAUAGUGCGGAAAAGGAAUCAGGAAACUCAGACAAAAAACAAGAAGGUAGAUUCAGCAAAGGAAGCCUUAGUCCCCCGUCGGUGUUUGAAAGGUUAAGCUCCCACGCUGCUAACUCUCCUGAACUUAAAAGAGGAAUCUUAGACUCAGCAUCAACCAAGAGAAGAAGAUCAAGCAAUAGUGGAGAGAGAGGCAACAAAAAAGCUCGCUUGGGAACUAAGGAAGACAACCUGUCUCCUCCUUCAGUUUUCCAGAGACUUGGUACACAAGGUAGAGGUUCUGAUGGCAAAAACUCCGGGGAAAAAUUACAUUCUGCUCAUGUAGCAGCCCAGAGCCCAAACCAUUCUGUCAUACGGAUAGCAUUGGAAAGUGGCAAAGUAGUUGAAGAAGGGUUGAUGGUGAAUUCCAACCCUUUGACACCCAAAUGA